GCACGUGCCCGGAGCCACCUGGACACUGCGCGCGGAGAGGAUGAGCAUCGCGGCGCUGCUGACGAGAGCUGCGCUCUGGGCGGCCCUGGCUGCGGUCGCCGCAGGGUUAGGCAAGUCUUUGGAGAUCGUGUCCAACUCCGGAGACGUCGAGCUCGAAAACUCACAUUUCAUGGUUUGUAAAGCCAGGGGAGGAGAAGGUACCAUCACUUGGCACAAGGAUGAAGAAGAAAUCGAGGAUGGCCAAGAUAAUUUUGUCAUAACCAAGAUUGACGAAGUAUCAUCCAAGCUGACCAUAAAAAACGCUAGGAGAGAAGAUGGAGGGACCUACAUCUGCUCCUGUGAAUUUGAGGAUGGGAUUGUGAAAACGGCCAAACAGACUAUCACCAUCAUCAUGAAGCCGAAGAUCCUGACCACCACUUCCUACUACGAGUUCCUCGCUGGCAAAGAUGCCACCAUGCCCUGUGAGGUCACGGGCAUCCCCAUGCCCACUGUCACCUGGAAGUUCAAAGACAGGGGCGUGAUUGACAGUACUUCCGGCCGGAUCUCCAUCCUGCCCGGCAACAGCCUCCAGAUCCAGAACAUCAGCCGUGUGGAUCACGGCACAUAUGUGUGUGAAGCCUGGAUCAAGGCCAAGGAGCGCAACGAGGUGGCCAAGCUCUCGGUCUCCGUAGUGGUCAACGCUCCACCCCACAUGAGGACCCAUGAGCAGGAGAAGAGUGUGGCGGCUGGUCCUGCCUCCAAUGUGUCUCUGACCUGUCCAGUCAGUGGACACCCUCCUCCGAGCAUCAGCUGGGCCAGUCCAGAGAGGUCUGACCAGAGCAGGUACCAGUUUAACUCAGACCACAGCGAGCUCAUCAUCCACUCGGUCAGCAAGAACGACGAGGGGGUGUACAACUGCACGGCCACCAACGCCUUCGGCACUUACUCCAGCAGAAUCGUUCUGGGAGUCUCAGUGAGGCCCGACGUCCAGCAGCUGGGCACAAGAGAGGCUCAGCCCGGCGAGACAGUGUCCGUCACCUGCCAGGCCACUGGUGACCCCACCCCUACAAUCCACUGGGUCAGGAAGAGCGACGGCCAGAUUUUGAGGCCCGGUGACCGGAUGGACAUCAGAGAGGACACGAGGUCCACCACCUUCACUCUGAGGCAAAUAGUGCCCUCCGAUGGCGGCAUGUACACCUGCAUCGCCAGCAACACGGUCGGAAAAGCGUCCCAGGACCUCAGCCUGCAGACGCCUCCGGCUGCGCCCCAGCAGGUCCGCGCCCACGCCAGCCCCACCUCCGUGCGGCUCUCCCUGGACGCGCCCUUGGCCGACGGGGGCUCCCCGCUGCUCCAGCUGCGCCUGCAGUGGAGGGAGGUGGCAGCCAGCGAGUGGAGGCAGGAGCUCGUCGGUGCCGGCGAUGCCCUGGUGAUCACAGGUCUCCAGCCGUACACCAGCUACAGCGUGCAGCUCUCCGCCAUCAACGGGGUGGGAGAGGGCAACAUGUCCCAGGAGCAGACGGUCCGCACCGUGGGCAUCAAAGGGGAGCCUGACAAGCCUGUGAUAUCUAAAGAGGGAACAUCUGAGGGCAACACCUACAGGAUUCCCUUCAAGCAGCUGGACGAUGGGGGCAAGCCCAUUAUUAAAUACAUUGUCCGCUACAGAUCGGAGGACAGCCAGCUGGAAAAGGAAAUGGAGCUCCCGGCGGACUCCAAGGAAGUGAUUCUGAAGGACUUGGAUUAUAACACGGAAUACGGGGUGGAGAUCCUUGCUGUCAACUCCAACGGCACCUCUGCUCCGGCCAACAUCUCCUUCCUCAUCCCCCAGCCCAUCUCCACCAAAGACGCCAGGUCUUCCCCUCAGAAGUCGGGCAUGGGGACGGGGGGCAUUGUGGGUAUUGUCAUGGUGAUCUUCCUGGUGGUGCUGAUUGCCGCAGAUGCCACCUGCUUCUACACCAACCGCUGCGGCAUGCUGAUGUGCAUCGCUGUCAACCUGCUGGGGCGCAGGCCCAGAGGCACCAAGGGCCUGGACCCGGAGGAGGCCGAGAUCUCCACUGUCCGCAGCGAGGUGAAGCUCAAAGGGGUCAGCACCCGGCGGUGCAGCAUCCCGAAACCGCAGAGCGGGGCGCAGGCCGAGGUCACGUGCGACAAAGCGCCCCUCACCAAGUUCGAGAAUUUGCCGCAGAAGAAAGAGCAGUCAAACGCUGCCACCUUCACUGAGGCUUGACGCUGCUGCCCCGCCAGGAGGUGACGCACCUCAAGGGCAGCUGGGAUUUGUAGUCUCACAGUGUCCCACAGUUAUAGACUACAACGGGCAGACACACCACCUAACAGUGGUAGCCUAAACAUCUCUACACGAAUGUCCCAGUUAUCUCUUGACGGCUAUAAUGUUCUGGAGAGAACUGGGACAUUUCUGCAGAAGCCUAUAGGCAAUUUCUCAGUUAUCUGUGUAAGGUCAAGGUCGUUCCCAAGACUACAGGAUCUAAGCAGCUGGGCUAUGUUGGGCUUGUAACACCAUUACAAAUAAACUGAUACAGGAAUCACUUUAAUCCUGACAUGUUUUUAAAAAUAGUGCUGAUGGUCCUUUGAUGGACAGCAGUAUUGUGCAGCAUUGCUCAAGUCCAGUUUUCUUGCACGGCUCUUGACGUUCCCAGAUUUCUCCUUGUUCCAAUGGGAGUACCUUUGGGAAUAAAGUAGGGCUACUAGCCUGGGAACAAAUGUAUUGUUUAGUUCAAUUUUGCUUUCCGUUUCCUCAGAAUGGUGUGGGAGAAAUUUGAUCCGGAUGGGAGAGUUCUCCAGUGAAGAAAUAGAAAUUUUAAAUUAAAGUGUGACUGAUGUCAGCUGCAUUCUUCUACCAUUUCCUUUCCCAAUUGGCCUGCUAGGGUGAGAGACCCCUGUUAGCCUUUUACCAAGCACACUGGUCACCCCAGGGCCAACUAGUCCCGAAGGCACCUCUGAGAGGAAGGUGCGUAGGGGAAGAGUUUCAGUGUCACACCACAGGUCUGGCCAAUGAGUGCGACACUGAAUUCCUUCCCUGGGCCUCUCCCUGGUGCUGAGCUUUGAGAAGUCUUUUUUGAGGCAGUUUCUGUUUGUUGUAUCCCAUUUAAAACAAGAAGGAGCCUGAAAGCAACCAAUGACCACAGAUGAGCAAAAUGGGAGGGUAGAUGUUGAAAUGCUCUGGCCUUAUCAGUCCUAAACAGUAUGCAGACUAGGUUUACUUUCUCCAUGUAGAGAUUUUAUUUGAACAAACCAGCACUAUCCAGGCACUGCCACAUCCCCUGUACAGACAAUCCCUCUGUCUCUUUCUCUCUCAGCAUCUUUAAUUGGAUGCCCCAGGAGCCAUAUUAAUACAAACCCCUGUCUCAGAAUAUGAAAAUCAGUGGGGGGCCCUGAGACCCCUUGGACAAUUCUGGCAAUGGCUCAGCUCCGGGAUCACCCACCCUCGUCACUCCAGGGUGAUGUCAGCCUUAACUCUCUCAUCUCUCAGAGGAAACAGCAGCCGUGUCAACACAGCCUGUAGAUAACAUUCCCUUUGUUUAAUGAAGGCUGUCCAGGCAGGAGCCCUUAGCCUGUACUCACAGCUGACCCUCGGGACUCACGCAAGCACUUCGUCUUACUGCCUCUAUUUAUUGGGUGAAAAUUGUGUAAGCGCAGCUCCUUUUAUAAGCUAUGGAAACUUUUAAGUGUACUAUAUUUAUUGAUGUAUAUGUUUAUAAACGUAGCAUAUCUUCUUGCUAAAAACACAAGGAAUUACCAUUCAUGCUGGUAGUUCACUGCUUGCCGUAGACUUCCUGUUUUAUUUCUGACGUUUCCUGCGAUUCCGCAGAAGUGUCUGUUAUGUCUGUGUAUCAGGGCAGUCAGGAGACACCAGGUCUGAGUGGUUGUGCUGCAGCAGAGUGCUCUUCUAUUCCCCUGUGAACAUGUGUCACUCCGAACUCAUUAAAACCCUCCAUUAACACAACUAUUAACCCUUCCAACACCCCAGCUGACCCACACUGCACUCUUAGCAGUCCAGGUGAAGUCCCCGCUGGCCGAUGAGAAGGAACUGGGGUGGGACUGAUAUCUGCGUGACACAGGCAUCCGAAUCCCAUCAGCAAAACCUGUGUGACGCUCAGAUGUGUCCCCCACCUCCCUGUGCAGGCAUUUCUGAAAUUUGUUAUUCAUUAAACACUCGACAGCUCUUUGGUCUUUGAGCGUUUCAGUCUCUUCCUCCUCAGCACAGAAUUCAGUUCUUUGAUCCAGAGGAUUUUGGAAAGUGUGUCAGACCUUCUCCAUGCUUGAAGUCUGAAUGAAUGAUUCAAUCACCCCUAUACAUUUUCAGUAGAACAGUCUGACAUUUGCCGGCUCUCGUAUUGUAUUGGAGCCUGAUCCCUCACUAUGUUUGUGAGGGAUCAGGCCGUUUCUUUAUCAGAAUUUCAACCGCAGUGACAUUUCACCACCUCCUGUUCACUGUACUUGUAACCAAACGAUCUCUCCUUGUAUUUUGUACAAAUAAGACUGUUUUUGGACUUUACCUAUUUUGUAUCAUGCACUGUACAUUGUGUGUAUAUACACUGUUAUUACAUGCAUUGUUUUGUAAAAUAAAAUAUCUCAAAAUUGAAACAAACAGCAUUGUCUCAGUU